AAGUUUCUGUUCCUACCUACCUAGUCGAGUCCUUCUAGCUAGCUAAAGCUAAAGCUAAUCUAGCUGUUCUACGAUAACAAUAAACAAAAAGAAAGCGAAGCGUGAUUAAUUUAUUUAAUUGAAGGUUGUUCAGCUGCUAUGUCAACGAAUCUAAGGACAACUAACCUGGUGAAGUUUAAAUGAUAGUAUAAGUGCAGUCUUUGAUGGCUAAGCCCAAAUUUGUUGAUCUGUUGAAGAAAUAUUGGUUCUUGUUUGGGCUACUUUUUUCCAUAGUUUUGGCUGAUAUUGUCCCUUCCAUUGGUGCCACUGGAGGACCACUGAAACCAGAAUGGACAGUGAAAUAUGGAGCUAUUGCUUUGAUAUUUUUUAUCAGUGGAAUGACUUUAAGUUUUAAUGAUCUUUUCUUUGCUGCCACCAAAGUGAAAGUUCAUAUUUUUAUUCUAACAUUUACUUUUAUAUUCAUUCCAACUCUAGUCCUAUUUGUCAAUGGUAUUUUACGGAGAGUUUUUGGUGUCAACGAGUGGAUAUUGAAAGGACUGGCAACUGUGAGUUGUAUGCCACCCCCCGUUUCAUCGGCUGUUAUCCUAACCAAGGCAGUUGGUGGCAGUGAAGCUGCUGCAAUAUUCAUUUCAGUGGUUGGCAGUUUCUUGGGAAUAUUCAUAACACCAGCCAUACUAUUGUUCUUAUUGGGGUCGACUGCUGUUGUGUCGCUAUUCAACUCUGUGGCGGUACUUUACCAAACUGUGCUUUUUCCACUUUGUCUGGGCCAGCUGUCACGCAGGUAUGGCUUGGCCAGUCUUGUUCAUCGUCUCCCUCUAUCCACUGUGGGGGAAACUGCUCUUCUCUUUAUCAUCUUCACUACAUUUUGUGAUGCUUUAAAAACUCAUGAUGUUGGAAUGAAUGCCAGUGACAUACUCAUCACUGUAGGCCUAGUUCUACUACUCCAGGUGGCCCUGUUAUACAUCACUUUCCACCUGGCUGAGUUUUUCUACACUCCAGCUGAUGUGAUCACAAUUACCUUCUGUUCUACACACAAGUCUCUCACAUUGGGAGUUCCUAUUCUAAGGAUACUGUUUUCUGGCUACGCACAUUUCUCCCAGAUAACGCUCCCACUACUAGUCUACCAUCCAACACAAAUCAUCCUUGGUGGUCUUUUAGUACCUAUUUUCAAGAGAUGGCUUAACAGACAAGGAACUGUGUUGCCGUGACUAUGAUGGUGACAAUAGUUGAAGUUUACCAACGUACUGUGAUUUGUUAGUAUUAUUGUAAAAGACAUGUUGUAAGUAUCUAAUGCAUUUAUAUUAAAUAACUUUCACUUCUAA